CUCUCCACUCUUCAUUCUGUAGUUAACUCUUCCCUCUCUAGCUACUCUUCUUCCCUUCAAAUUUGGCCAAAAUGGUUAUUCCCCAUUUUAUUGGCGCUUUUUUUAUUGUAGAAUUGAUAAUUACUGGAAGCAUCAUUGGUGUAGAUGGCCUGAGUAUGGACUACUAUCUUAUGAGUUGCCCAUUUGCUGAAACCAUAGUCAAGAACACAGUGAACAGAAAUCUGCAAUCGAAUCCUGCUCUUGCUGCUGGACUUCUCCGGAUGCAUUUCCAUGAUUGCUUUAUAGAGGGAUGUGAUGCAUCAAUCCUCAUUGAUUCUACGAAAGAUAACAAAGCAGAAAAGGACUCCCCAGCGAAUUUGAGCUUGCGUGGCUAUGAGGUAAUUGAUGAAGCAAAGGAGGAAAUCGAGAAUCAAUGCCCAGGAGUUGUUUCUUGUGCUGAUAUUAUUGCAAUGGCUGCCAGGGAUGCAGUUCUCUGGGCUGGGGGUCCCCUAUAUGACAUUCCUAAAGGAAGAAAGGAUGGAAGAAGGUCUAAAAUAGAGGACACAUUUAACCUGCCUCCACCCUUCUUUAAUAGCACGCAGCUUAUCAAGAUGUUCGGACAACAUGGUUUUAGUGUUCAAGAAAUGGUGGUUUUAUCUGGGGGACACACGCUGGGAACAGCAAGAUGUUCAUCCUUCAAGAGCAGAUUGAGAAAAUUUGAUGCAACCAAUGAUGUGGAUCCUACUCUUGAUCAGAACCUCGCAAAGGCAAUGUCCCAAACAUGUAAUGCCGGGGAUGACGCAGAAUUUCCUUUUGACUCUUCCAAAAACGCAUUUGAUAAUUUAUAUUUCAAUGCACUGCAAAGGAAAGCAGGAGUUCUCACCUCCGAUCAGACCUUGUUCACAAACCCCAAAACCAGGGGCAUUGUCAACGCUUAUGCCAUGAACCAAGCAAUGUUUUUCUUUGAUUUUUCUCAAGCAAUGGUUAAGAUGGGUUUGCUUGAUGUUAAAGAAGGUGAUAAAGGAGAAGUACGAGAAAACUGUCGCAGAAUCAAAUGAUUCUCCAUGGGUGGAAAGCUCAAAUUUUAUAUGUAUUGUGCCAUAUACACCUUAAUUAAUAAGUGUAGUCUUGGUCAAUUGCAAUCCUUCAUGUGUAUUAUCUCUUAAUACAUGUAUAUUUCUAUCUAAUAAACCAUACGGUUUCUUCCUUGAUAGUGCUUCUAUUA